CCUCUUUACGUUGAGUCACUGGAUGAGUGAGAGAGCUAGAGAGAGAGAGAGAGGUUGGUCUCUCACUUAACUAACAAAACAGCAGCAGAUCUGCGGGCAUAAACAAAUGCACGCAGGCUGUCUGUCCCUCCACCUGCCGCGGGAGACACUUUGAUGGUCGUAGUAGGUUAAAUUAACCGGAUUACCGAGAACCCCGCUCUGCUUUAUUUUAACGUGGACCUCCGACGAUAUCUAUGCAUUAUUUAGACUGAAAUAAGCCAAAAAUGACGGAGCUGAGACGGCGAGGAGGAGGAGGAGACCCUGACAGCACUGAAAACAUCAGUGACAAGGAGGCAGAUGGAGAUGACAAGCUCACUUUUCCCGGUGAGGUGGAAGGAGAAAUAGAGGGCGACUCCAAAGCGGACACACCAGACGUGCCACCUUCCACAGAUAACACUCCACAGUGUCUCAACAAAGCCCUGGAGGGCUUGUCAUCUAGGUGGAAGAACUGGUGGAUAAGAGGCAUAUUGUCAUUGACAAUGAUCAUUGGCUUCUUUCUUAUCAUCUAUUUGGGACCCAUUAUGCUUAUAUUUGUGGUUAUGGGUGUUCAGAUCAAGUGUUUUCAUGAAAUAAUAACCAUUGGCUACAGAGUUUACCAUUCCUAUGAACUACCAUGGUUUAGGACUCUUAGCUGGUACUUCUUGAUUUGUGUGAACUACUUCUUUUAUGGUGAGACCGUGGCUGAUUAUUUCGGCGCACUUGUUCAAAGGGAGGAACCUUUGCAGUUCCUUGUGCGUUAUCAUCGGUUUAUUUCUUUUGCACUAUAUUUAGCAGGUUUCUGCAUGUUUGUACUGAGUUUAGUGAAGAAACAUUACCGCCUGCAGUUUUAUAUGUUUGCUUGGACCCAUGUGACCUUGUUGAUUGUGGUGACUCAGUCACAUCUGGUUAUUCAGAACCUGUUUGAGGGAAUGAUCUGGUUUAUUGUUCCCAUCUCUAUUGUGAUCUGUAAUGACAUCAUGGCCUACCUAUUUGGCUUCUUUUUUGGAAGAACUCCACUGAUUAAGCUCUCCCCAAAGAAGACCUGGGAAGGAUUCAUUGGGGGAUUCUUUGCAACAGUGGUCUUGAGUUUCUUUUUUGCGUACCUGCUAUCCCAGUACCAGUACUUUGUUUGUCCAGUGGAAUACAACAGUGAGACAAACCGCUUUGCAGUGGAGUGUGAGCCCUCAAAUCUGUUCAUGAUUCAGGAAUACACACUUCCUGCAGUGGUGCAGAAUGCAGUUCGAUGGAAAACGGUGAACCUUUACCCAUUUCAGAUCCACAGUAUUGCGCUCUCUUCGUUCGCCUCUCUGAUCGGACCAUUUGGUGGAUUCUUUGCCAGUGGCUUCAAACGAGCUUUCAAGAUUAAAGUUGGUUCACUUUCAGCAGAAGUCACACAUAAACCCUUGAAUUUGUAUCUUAUGGUCUUUACCUACUUUGAGUGACCGUUACACUGUGAGC